CGGGGAGCGGUGGGAAAAGGGGCCCUCGACGAAGGGGGCGUUAGGAAAAGAGGACUUCAGCGAAGGGAACAUAUCCCAGGGAGCUAAAAUGAAUCAGAAGAAUAAAAGAAAGGCUGAACCAUCAGAUGAAGAAGAUGAAACCUGUCCUUUCCAAGCCAAAAAAGCCACAAGAAUAAACUCUCAGGAAGACGUCAAAAUGAACCAAGACAGUACGGACCUGAACCGUAUGCUUAAUUUGGAUGAUUUUGAAGGCUUAGAAGAAGUGCCAACCGCCAUUGAGCAGAGUGAUAAAGAGGAGGCACCAGUAGAUAACUCAUCCGAUGAUGAAACGAUGAUUCCCUCCGGACAUAGUCACCAAUGGGCCUGUUUUGAUGAUACUUUAUCCGAGGAAUUGUUUUCAAAAUCAAAUGUCCCAAUGUCAGGAACUGUCCAGGAUCUCAAUAGUCCCUGCCACUCAUUUAUGUUAGAUGCUCAAGUGGAAUACAUUAGUGACAUAGACAUGCUGUUAGGUCAGGAGGAGACUAGGAAAAGCCCCUUCCAGUCUCAGAACAUAAAUUUCUUUGAGGCUGUUGCUUCAGAAGAAUAUGAUCAAGGAAGUGGGAUUGCAUUCUAUCCACAAGAAAACACUGAUGAAAAUCAUUUUAUAAAAGAAAUGGCUUUCGUCUUGGACACUGAAAACCCAGAAUACAGUAAUAUGGAAGCAGGUCACUCUGCUGAAAUAGUUGGGCUCAGCCAAAAAGAAGAAUGGUUCCUGCAGAGUGGUGAUGCUCAGGCUAUAGGGCAGAAACAAACCUCAAAAGAAGGAAGAGCUAGCCUGUGGGACUUUUCUCAAGAAAAAAGAUAUAGUCAAGAUGAAGGCAUACUUGAGCCACUUGGUGGUUGGGAGGAUGAUUCCUCCCCAGAAAGAAGAGAAAAGGAGGAAAGCAGCAUAACCACAACUCUAUUCAAUUCAAAUUUGAGAGUAACUGCUCCUGAACAAAGUAUCAGGGGCCAGGCUGAAGAGAAGAGUAGCAGCUGGAGCCCUCAAGCUUUUGAAGCAUUCCCAGUCUUCUCUGAACUAGAGACACGUUCAUUUUUCAAUUUUGAUCAACCGGUUGGGACCGAAGCCAAAGCCAGUUCUUCCUCUGAGGAACUUGAUAAAUUAAGAGAGGAGAAAGGAACUGCAAAAGACGUAGCAAAAUGGUCACCUGAAUCUGAAGGUAGCUCGCUCUUAUCUCUCUUUAGAAAAACAAUGUAUGAAAAGAUACAGGGAACAGCUCUUGCACAAGAAACUGCAGAUGAGGAGAAGCUGGCAUGUCCUGAACAGAACUGGGUAUCUUCUAGUACAGAUCAAAAAGAAUGUUCUCCUUUCAGGGGGCUAGGUGUCAAAACUCUAUGGUCUUUUCUGGAUGAGUGGGCGGAUCAAAGCGAUCCACCUUCUGGUGCCAGGCAAAAUGACAAAAAGGAAAAAGCUGCCCAGCUGCCAAAGAGAAGAGACUAUCUAACUGAUCCUGAUGAGGAAACCAAGCCCAGAAAAUACAUCAGUGAAUUUUUCACUGAAGGAGAUGAUUCAUUCAUUAGUAGCACCACUAAUAGCAAUAACAACCAUUGGGAAAGAUCGGGCUUUCUGGAUUUAGACAUUGCUCUUGAGGACCAGAGUAAGAAAGUUGUUGAAGAUGAGAUUAAGGAUGUUUUUGAAGAUAAGUUGCAGAAUGUUGUGGAAGAUAAGGUUCAAGAUAUUUUUGAAGGUCACAUCUGCAAAUAUUCUCCUGAACAGCAAAAUUCUCUGAAUUUUGAUUCAAUAUUGGCCAUGCCUGGAAGUUAUCCAUGGACUGAUGUAGGGCAAACCAGUUCAAAUCUUCCAGUUUCACUGGAAAACCACUCUUGCCAGAAUAAUCAAAAGUCCAGCCUAGAGAGCUGCUCUUCUACUCAAGAGGAAGAUGCAUCAGAAACAGUUUGUGGGCUGGCUCUUGAACUCUCUGAUCUCAACCGGCUGGUCAUGAACACCUACAAGAACAUGAAGCGCUUCAAGGGACGGAAGGGGCGAUGCAAUCCAACUUUCUUCUAAGGGAACAAAGAACCUUCCUUACCCUGGAAAAAAAUGUUAAAUGUUGUAGAUCUAUGUCAUACCUUAGAGCAAACAGAUUUGAAACACUUGCCCUAAAUCCUUCAUUAAUACUCAAGGUGGAGUGUUCUUCUUCUGUGGAUUACAGUGUCUUUUAAAAGAAAGUGGAUAGGUUAACUCCAAGGAACUAGCUGUUUGGGGGGUAAGGGGGUGUGGGGCUUCUGUUCCAGCUGGAAUGGGUCUUUCUUUCAACAACAGGAUGUAAAAAGUAGGACCAAAGUAUGGACCACAUCCCAAUUUUAUUUUUUUUGCUAAAACUUAAGUUAUAAAUUUGGGCUGUGGGGUAGGGGGGAGAUUAAAAUAACUGUUUGUCAGCCUCUUCGAUCUACCCAGAGUAGAUUUUCAGCCAUCUUCAGGCAACUAAAGAUAACUGAAACUCUUAGAAUAAAAACAUACAAAAAUGGUUAAAGAGAUAAGGUCCUGGCUUUAUCCAGGAGUGAGUCUGAGUAGCAUAUUUAAAAAGGAUUUUGGCUUAGCAAUGUUAGUUUGAAGAGGACUGUAAAGUUAAAUGCGCUUAAGUUUAUUUAUUCCUUGAAAACUCAGUAUUUCUUUUCUAGGAGGGAAAAUGUGCUCUUUGUACCUCUACUUUUGCUUUAAGCAUUUAGAUCUUAGGACGUAUUCCAAUUAAGUUGUUUUUUUUUCCCACUACGACUUAAGUUACAUAUUCGGGUUGGGGGAUUAGAAUAGAUGUUUGUUUGGCUCUAUAUAUACAUAUAUAUAUACAGAGUAGGUUUUCAGCCAUGUUCAAACAACUAAAGAUAAUUGAAACUUUUAGUCAGAAUAAAAACAGAAAAAUGGUUGAGAGAUAAGGUCCUGGUUUUGCCCAGGAGUCAUUCUGGGUAGUACCUUUAAAAGGAUUUAGUGGCUUGGCAGAGUUAAUUUGAAGAUGACUGAAAUGUUAUAUGUGCUUAAGAAGAUGAAAUAGGUUUAAUAUGUUUAAUUUGGUUGCAAAUUUCAUAUUUGGUCAGGGUUAUUUAUU